GUGAUGUUCGAGAUAUCAUUUCGAAAUUGAGUCAAUUACCUAUCAUUUAGUUGCCAGACAACUGUCAUUAAUAUUGAAUGUGUGGGGAUUAAGUUAAGUGAUCCAAGGAUUGAGGAUUAGGGACAUCCAGCUAGCUACAGAAGUGAGGUCCACACCAGCCUCAUCAUGGGGGCAAUGUUUCGCAGUGAGGAGAUGGCGCUCUGCCAGAUGUUCAUCCAGCCCGAAGCCGCCUAUUCAACUGUCUCCGAAUUGGGAGAAGCUGGAACGGUUCAAUUCAGAGAUUUGAAUUCCGAAGUGAAUUCCUUCCAGCGAAAAUUUGUGAACGAGGUGCGACGCUGCGAUGAAAUGGAAAGGAAACUCCGCUACGUCGAAGCCGAAAUCAAUAAAGACGACGUGGCCAUACCUCCCCUAAGCGAGUUGCCAGUUGCACCUAAUCCGAGGGAAAUUAUUGACCUCGAGGCCAGACUGGAGAAGACUGAAAAUGAGAUUAUGGAACUCUCACAAAACGCUGUGAACCUAAAGUCAAAUUUUCUGGAGUUAACGGAAUUGCUUAAUAUUUUAGAAAAAACUGAGCAAUUUUUCGCCGAACAAGAAGCUGCAGUUACCCCAGAUAUGAUGCCUGCAAACGCCGUCCACGAUGAUGGAACCCAACAGGCCGUCAAC